AAAAAAAUAAGCUAAUUGUAAACUUUCAUUGAAAUUUUUUUGCCAUUCUCAAGGGACUCUGUUUUCAUUAUAUGUUCGUCGGAGCUCCACGACGACAGCCAUAUUGCAAUGGAACACUACACAGGUUGCUGUUCUAGCUGAGCUGGAAGAAACUAGUGAUAUUUACAAUGAAUUACCGAUGAUUGAGUAGCCUUGAACCUCAUCAAAAUGGUUGUUGAAGGAGGCAGUUCCCGUUAUAGUCCUUCCACGGGUAUGACGGCAAAAGAACUGUGUGAAAAUGAUGAUCUUGCAACUAGUUUGAUACUUGACCCAUAUCUUGGAUUUAUUACUCACAAGAUGAAUACCAAGCACAAGCCAUUAAGAGGCCGUCAAGAAGAACUAACUGCCCUAGUGGAAAAAUUUAUGAAAGAUCAAUGUUAUGAAGAUACUUAUGCAAAGUUUCUAUGUGAAGAUGUAGUUAGGAAUUUUCUUAUUGGCAAAUCUAAAGAAAACCGUAGAAUUUUCCGAGAGCAUGUAUAUAGAUAUCUGAGAAUGUUUGAUAAAGAUGCUGGAUUCAAGUUGAUACCUUGUUAUCGAUAUAAAUGUGAUGGACAGGUUGGUGGGAAAAUUUGUUCUACGAGAAAAUGGCGGAAACAAAAUCGAGUUCCCAUGCUAGUUGGUUGUAUUGCUGAAUUGACUAAACUUGAAGAAGAACAACUCUUGAAACCUGGUCUAAAUGAUUUUAGUGUUAUGUUUUCUUGUCGCAAGAACUGUGCUCAAUUAUGGUUGGGCCCUGCAUCUUUUAUUAACCAUGAUUGCAGACCUAAUUGUAAGUUUGUGUCUACUGGUCGGGAUACUGCCUGUGUUGAAGUACUCAGGGAUAUUGAAUCUAAUGAAGAAAUAACAUGUUACUAUGGAGAAGAUUUCUUUGGUGAUAAAAACUGCUUAUGUGAGUGUGUUACAUGUGAGAGGCGUAAAAAAGGUGCUUUUCAAGUAAAAGAUCCACCUGGAAGCCCUGAACUGGACCAAGGUUACAAAUUUCGGGAUACUAAUGAUCGGAUAAAUAGAAUGAAAAAUCAGGCACUUCAGUCAAAAAUGUCAAUUAGGGUGAAUGAGGCCUAUAUAUCUGGAAAUGAAAAUUGGGAUUUCCGUUCCACAAAUCUGAAAAAAAAUGGACACCUCUUGAAGUCUGCAGAGUUGAAGAAACGAGGUAUUACACGCUAUGAUGCUGAGAUUCUCCUUUCUCAGGGUAUCAACUUGCCUGAACCUAAAGUGGUGCUGGAGCGUCAGUUACCAGUCUCAAUCAAUGGCAGUCGGUCAGUUAAUUUGAGUGAAGCUAUGCACAGAGACCAAAGGAAUGCUAGAAGAAAACGAGCCAAACAAAGCCCAAAUAAAUCAGUCCACAAGAAUGGGUGUACUGAAGUUGGUACAGCUGCUGCAUCUUCAGAAGAAAUGAAAGCAACACCAUCUGAUGGUACUGCUCGCAUUCCUGAUAUUUCUAUUGCUGAUGAAGUACCAGCUGAGCUGUCUGUGAGUUCCUCACAACAGACAAAAGAAACCUUUUCUUCGACUGCGAUUGUUCCAUCUGCAUCUGAACUUAGCAAUGAACAAGCAAAGACUGAAGCUUUCAAGUCAGACAGCCAGUCAGCUGUUCUGCAUCUUAAUAAUAGCAGGAAGCCUUCUAAAUUAGAUGCAGCAGAUACUGUCAGUGAUAGUUGCAACAACGGCAGCCUAACAAAUGGGAAUUCUCAGUUCAAUCAAGACAAGUAUCAACUUGAUUGUGAAGGGGCCCAAAGGGAAAAUCCAGAAAUCGAAUUAGUUCCACCAUCACUUGCAUUACCAUCAGUAACACUGCAGCAGGAAACAAAACAGGGCCAAACACUCUCAGCAUUAGUUCUCAAUGGAGAAGACAAUACUAAAAUAGAAUUAAAGACAGCUUUAGAGUCAAAAAUUUCACCAUUAGUUCCUGCUAAAAAUAUAUGUCAAAAAGAUUUUUACCCAACCACCAAUGAAAAUUCUCAAAAACUAGAAACCCCCUCCAAAAUUUCAUGCCUGACUAAUGGAGAUACUGCUGAAAAGUUGGGAGGACAAUCUGAUUGUUUGCGACCCAAUCAGCUGACCAUCAACAGUAAGAAUGACUGCUGGAAGUCAUUGACUGACAGUGAGAUUGCAGCUUCAACACACUCCAUGGCCAACCUGCAGGUCAGUGAUGUGUCUAUGGAUAGUACAGCAAUCUACAAUCAAGACAAGAAACCUUUUAUAAACAAAAGCAAACAAUCUAUUUCUCUAAAAAAUAAUACUACUGUCAGGUCAAGUCCUCGACUGCGGCAAAAACCAUUUGAUCAAAAUUCCUCUGAUGGUCAUGAUGAUGAAACUAGUUCAAAGAUGAAUGGAGAGGUUUUGUCUGAUGUACUAGACUCUCCCUCAAAAAGAACAAAAUCCACAGAUACAGAAAACAUGCCUCUUGAAACGGACCCUAUUUUUUUCCCAAAGAGCAUCAAGAUGGAACUUUCAUCACCCAAAAAUAUAAAAUCAGAAGUAUUGUCUCCCCAAGGAGAUUCAGAACAAAAUGUCAUACCUUCUUUUCCUCCACUUCUUUCUAAGAUCAAAGUUGAAUGUUUUCCACCUAAAAUCUCACACACAGAUACUUUAUUUCCUAGUAGCCCCACUAAUACAGAGAGUAUCUCCGUUCCAAAAAUUAAAAGAGAAGAUAAUCCUUUCCUUUAUUACACUUCUGAAAACAUAGCCAAGUCUCCUCAAGCAGCUAAGUUGUCUUCCCAGUUUAGUGAAAAAACAUGUAAUUCUCUAAGCAACAAAAUCCUUCUGUCUACCCCUUGUCAUAAAGCCCCUAGUGCACCUAGCUCUCAAAAGCAUUCUCAGUCUGAUGAAGUUUUUAAGCAUUCAUUUCUGCAAUCUAAGAUUCAGUCUACUCCACCUCAUCUUAAUUAUAUUCAUGCAGCAGCUGAUGUUAGUGCUGGUUUGCAGAGGACUUCUAAGAUAGAAGCCUCUCAGUUUUCUGAGAAGCCUUCUGGCCUUGUGCCUUCCCCUCAAUCUGAUGUCCUACCAUCACCUGUGCAAACAACAAAAUUUGAUUUAAUAAAUCAGUCAGUACCUAAAGUAUGUGUAAAUUUAUUAGAUAAGUUCUCUGAAACCAGCCCAACGUCAUACACUCUUCUUAACACACCAGGAAGUUUGAAACUGCGCAUUCGUGACCCUAGUAUAAAAUCUAGCUUCCCUGAAAUAACUCGAAAAAUGUUCAACCAACAGUGUAAAAAAAGCAGUCCUAUAGCAGCUGCAGGGAGCAAACACCACAAAUUGACUAAUACAAAACGCAAGCAUUCACUGCCUCGUUGCCAUACGCGAUAUGAUAGCAGCCUGGAAACUGAAUCACAAUAUAAGAUUCCUAAAUUGACUAUCCGCAUGCGUCGAGACCCAAUCCUGGAGGAACACCUAUCUUCCAAUCAAUCAAACUGUGUCCUCUUUGAUCUAGAGGAUUCAUCAUCAUCCUCAUCAUCAUUAUCAUCAUCCUCGUCCUCAUCCACAUCAUCAUCUUCGUCAUCAUCAUCAUCAUCUUCCGCACCUCGGGAAGCACAUUGUGAUAGGUCCUCCUCUUCAUCUUCUUCACACAAACACAGACGCCAUCACAGAAACAGUAGCAGCAGCAGCAGCAGUAACAUUUCAAAACACACUGAACAUUCCUAUCUGGCAACUCAAAAACAAACCAAGUCAACCCUUGAUUACCACUACCAGUCGUGCCGGCCAAUCCAAACAACACCAAAAAAGUUACGGUUAAAAUUACGAGAUUGUGCAUUUGAGCUCCACAUCCCACCUGGUAGUAUAGCAGAAUAAACAAAUUGUUUCAUUAGAGCUACUGAAUUUUGGAAGAAAGAAAAAAAAAAAUUUAAUUUAAGGAUGUUACCAAUAAAAAUAUAAGCUCCAAACCCUGUUAACUAGGUAUGUGUCUCAGCUUCAUAAGCAAAGAAAGUAAUAUCGAGAAGAAAUAAUAUUGAAGCAAGUUGUCUCUGUAAAUUUGUGUUGCUGUGCUGGUCUUUUGGUUGUUCUGUAUUGUGUAUUCUAGUUAUCUGCUGGCCUUAAUUGUUUGGUUUUAAUGCCAAUCAGUUAUGGCUUUGUGUAAGAUCAAUGUAGCACUUUACUUUAAACCAACUGUUAGCCAUUCUUUCUGACACUGUAACCUUUAUUUGCUGAGCUACUUGGAAUAUUAAAGGAGACAUCAUCAAAUUUUAAUUUCCUCUUGCCUACAUGAGGGUUUCUCUCUAUCUCUUUUUUUUUUCUUUCUUUCUCAAUAGCAUAAAAUAUAUGAAAUGUCAGUAGCUAUUAUUUCAUAGGAAGUAAAAUUAAGCUGUUCUUUUAUUACCGUGUUUCUACAAUUUGACUCAUUAGUAAUGUGCUUUAUUUUGCUGCUUCAGCUCAGGAGAGUCGAUAAAAUUAAUUUCAGAGUCAAGAGAUUUCUAACAAAAAUUGUUACUGAACUCAGUAUUUGCUGUGAAGAUAUUUAGAGUCUCUUGCUAUAACCUGAUUUUAUCGUUGCUGAAUGAUAUGGCUGUUUAGUUUUAUGCUAACUUGUAUUUAAAAACCCCUCCACUGAAUAUCUUCCAUUUAAAAAAAAAAUUUUCCCCCACUCAGUGGGAAAACAAAGGGUAGAAAACUCACAUCAAAAUCCAUUUUUCUUUUUCUGGGUUUAUUCUAGUUACAAAUGGGAGCAAGUUAAUAUUUACUGUAUAUAUAUGUAUAUAUAUAUAUAUAUAUAUAUAUAUAUAUAUGUAUAUAGUGGAAUUAUUGACCUCAAUUUAUAGAAUUUAUUCCUAAUUUAAAUGUCACUUUUUAAAUUGAAUUGUUUUUUAUUUUAUUUUAUCAAUGUCUUAUUACAUCUUGGUUAAAACAAAUAUUUUUUCCAUGUUUCUCAUUCAGUUUUUAAACAGUGCUGAUCAUCUGGAAAGAAUGAAACAGUAAUUUGUAUAAAGAUGCAUUUCACUAUGAAAUUUGUUUAUUAAUAUUUCAUUGAUUAAUAUAGUUAACAAUUAAGGUUUAGAUUUUUUUAUAUACUUAAACUAAGUUUAUUUUGUGAUUCUAGGUAUGGCUCUUUUUUUUUUUUUUUUAAGUUGAUGAAAUUUUUUUUUAUAAAUGUAAUAGAACUCCUGCUAUUAGAAUGUUUUUUUUUUUUUUUCUUCUUUCAAAAUCUUUUUACAUUAACUGUUUGGUAAUAUUACUAAAAUUAGCAACAUUUAGUCUCUGUUAGUUUCUUUAAAAGAUUAUCAACUUUAUUUCACAUUGUAGUAAAGUGAUUGCAGAUCAUUCAGCUGUUGAAUAAUUUUCCUCCUCCUCCUCCUCUUAGAUCAUUUUCAGAGGAAUGCCUUAAGACAAAGUGGAAUUUGGGAGUUGACCAAGGAUAACCUUAACUAAUCUUGGCAAUUUGUUCUUGUUAGUAUCUCUAUUUUAGAUUUGAACAAAUUUAUGAUGUAAUGCAUUUAGUCUUACUUUUUUUUUUUUUUUUCCCUGCUGUGUAAACAUUUCAACUUUUAACCCAGUUCCUAUUUCAUAUCAGUACCAUAGGUUUCCCUUAAACUCAUUGCAGCCCCUAACUUAUAUUAUUUUCCCAUCUUGAUCUUAAGAUAAUUUUAUAGUUUGUAAAGCAUCUUAAAUUGGUUAAUUUAGUCACUUGUUCUCACACAUAUCUGUAUGCCCGUGUAAUUGCCUACUUUAGAGUCUUAAAUUUGAUUCUAUCAUAGUUUUACUUUUUCAUUUCUGUUAUCUAAUUUCUGAAGCUUUAAAGAACAUGAAUAGUCUAUUUUUGUAUGUCAUUACUUGAAAGAACAAAAUGUCUUUGACAAAGCUGAAAGUGACCACUUGUUCAGUAAGUUUCAGGUAAUUUUUGGAUUUUUAAAUAGUCUAUGAUAACUCAAAGAGAUGAUUGGUUUGACCAUAUAGUCUUAUGCAGUGUAUUUCAUAUUGAAAAUUCCUUGUCCCUUAUUGGGAAAAAUGGAUCAUUAAACCUUCCAAGUCUGGAAAUCUUCCAGUUUAGCUUUGAUGCAGCCAGUAAAUUUACCGUAUUAUGAAUGCUAACUUGAUGGUUGCACUGUUAUUAUUGGGAAAUCCUCUCAUUAAUUUAUUUUCCUAAACAAUAUUUUAAAUUGUCAUUGUUUUGAAUGCUUGGAACAAAUAUUUUGCUGAUAUUUGUUGAUAAUACUGUUUCCUUUUUCUCUCUCUCUUACCUAUCAAAUUUUAACUUCCUAAAGUAUUCUUAUACACUGACACAAAACAGAAAGUUGUCAAUCAAGGUUUUGGUAUUGUGGUCAAUUUCAAAUGCUUUAUUUAGUAACCACAAAGCUUGCUGCAUAACCAUGGCAUGUAUUUGUUGCUGUUUCAAAUUUCUUAAAUAUUUGUCUCAUCUUAUUGUCUAGGCUGUAAGCUAGCUAAGUUUGUAUAUUAAUCUAAUAACAACAUAUGUGGAAAAUGGUAUGGAAACUCGUUUUUGUGUAUCUGUCUUAGUAAUGUCUCAAUGAACACUACUUUAGAUAGAAAUUCUAAAGAUAUUUGAAUUGAUUGCUUACAUAUAUAAUGCUGUGAAUAAAGGGAUUUCUUAGGAAAUUCCAAGGCAUGGUAAAGCCAGUCUCCUUAUCUUAACUUCAGUAUGCAGGACAUUAGCUGAUGGUGACCUUAUUUGGGUUUCUGAAGAUCUUGGAGAACUUUCUUUGAUAAAUUUACAAAACUUGUUUUUAAUCAAUUUUUCUGUUAGAUUAGAUCUUUGUAGUGAGUACUUUAUAAUACAAACUUUUCUUUCUUGUCUUAAUUUUGUUGUCUUAGUUGAAUUAAUAUUUAACUUAUGGUUCCCUUCUUACUUGCAUCCAUCUGCAUUUUCUUUUUACAAAUUUCGUUUGUUUUUUUUUUUUAAUUUAUUUUUUUAGUUUCUGAUGUCAAGUUAAUAUUUAUUUAACAUACAGAGCUGUGUCCAUCAUUUUAUAAAUUGGAGUAGAAUGAAAUAUAUUGUUGUAUUUAAACCAGUAGGUCAGUGAAAGACCCACGCUUUCAAUAACUGCUAGUUUGAAAUGAGACAAGUUUUUUUCUUGACAUAUUUAUUGGAACUACUGUAGUGGAGUUGUUUGUCUCGAUCUUCAAUUUAGUUGUUUGAAAGAUUUUAUAAUGUCAUGUUUCUUGGGUUUUGCUUCUACAUUUCUUAUUUCAUGUUUAUUGGAUGUAGCAUAUUGUUAUAUCUCCAACAACAAUCCCUACUAAAAUAUUUAACAGAUUUUUCAAUGAAAUUUAUUGAUCCGUCUACUUGGUGUCUUCAUAACUCGGUGACUGUUUAAAUUUAAUUUCAGUGGAUACACACCUUAUUUAUUUAACAUAAUUAAACUUUUACUCUAUAAAUUCCAAAAUAAAAGAAACUUUUCCCCACCAUUUUUAAGGAUGUAAUUUGUUUCUGUUAGGAUUCAAAAUAUAUAUAUAUAUAUUGGUUGGCGUUAGGAAGGGCAUCCAGCUGUAGAAACUCUGCCAAAUCAGACUGGAGCCUGGUGUUGCCAUCCGGUUUCACCAGUCCUCAGUCAAAUCGUCCAACCCAUGCUAGCAUGGAAAGCGGACGUUAAACGAUGAUGAUGAUGAUGAUGAUAUUAUACAUCAAGCUCUGAACUACUUAGCUGGUGCUAAAUCUAACAAGAUUUCUUCAUUGUACCAAUUAAACAUAAGUUAGAAAAAUGUUCUUUCUUUGCUAGGCUCUCCGGCUAUAACCAGUGUUAAGACAGCAUGUACUGACAUUUCAUUUAUUCUAUUUACAUGGGGGUCUCAUUUUUGUUCUUUUUUCUACCCCCUUCCAUCUGUUUACAAGGUGACUAAAGCUGUACAUGGAAUUGUAUAUAAUAUUUGCAAUAAAGUAAGAAAAAAAAAAGGAUUUUCUAUAACAA